AUGGCGGCGGCGGUGGCGGCGGGCCCGGGGGCUCUGGGCGCUCUGCAGGCGGGCCGCAGCCGCUGGGUGGCCGCGGGCUGCGCGCAGCUCGGCCCCGGGCUGAGGCUGCCUGGCUCCUGGGCGCGCCGGCUCGGGGGCUCUGCGCUGUGGUCACCUGCACCCCGGGGUGCCGCCCCGAGGAGGGGCUACAACUCUGAGGUGAAGACGGAGGACGAGCUGCGGGUGCGGCACCUGGAGGAGGAGAGUCGAGGAAUUGUGGUGCUUGGGAUCAACAGAGCCUACGGCAAAAACGCACUCAGUAAAAAUCUGGUUAAGAUGCUGUCAAAAGCUGUGGAUUCUUUAAAAUCUGAUAAGAAAGUGCGGACUGUAAUCAUCAGGAGUGAAGUCCCAGGGAUCUUCUGUGCUGGUGCUGACCUUAAGGAAAGAGUCAAAAUGAGUUCCAGUGAAGUUGGUCCUUUUGUCUCCAAAAUUCGGACAGUGAUUAACGAUAUUGCUAACCUUCCGGUGCCCACGAUCGCAGCAAUCGACGGACUUGCUUUAGGUGGUGGUCUUGAACUGGCUUUAGCGUGCGAUAUUCGAGUAGCAGCUUCUUCUGCAAAAAUGGGACUGGUUGAAACAAAGUUGGCCAUUAUUCCUGGUGGAGGGGGCACCCAGAGAUUACCCCGUGCCAUCGGAACGUCCUUGGCCAAGGAGCUCAUCUUCUCCGCACGUGUGCUGGAUGGCCAAGAAGCCAAGGAAGUGGGCUUGAUCAGCCACGUCCUGGAGCAGAACCAGGAGGGCGAUGCUGCCUACAGGAAGGCCCUGGACCUGGCACGCGAGUUUCUACCUCAGGGACCUGUUGCAAUGAGAGUGGCAAAAUUAGCAAUUAAUCAAGGAAUGGAGGUUGAUUUAGUCACAGGGUUGGCCAUAGAAGAAGCUUGUUAUGCCCAGAUCAUUCCAACAAAAGACAGAGUUGAAGGGCUUCUUGCUUUUAAAGAGAAGAGGCCCCCUCGUUAUAAAGGAGAAUAAUAGAAGAAAGAAGAAUUAUGAAAAUGCCACUGUAAUACACGUGCUUCUGGAAGUAUCUUUCAGACCCACUCUGUGGCUCAGCACAUGGCAUCUCAAUGACCAAAGUGAAGAAUGAGUAACUCGUGUAAUAUAUGAAACACCUGGAAUGGACACAUGUGUGGGUUUCAUUCUAAUGUGUAUUAUUUCAUCCUCAUUCAGAUUUAUAAAGCUAGUAGUGUAUAUUGUCAAAAACAGACUCAAAAUAGAUACACAUUUUUAAAUAUUUCCUGCUUAUGAGACUUUCUGUUCUUGAUUUUUUUAAAUGUGAAUAAUUUAUAUAUUGCACAUUCUAGGGAACAAUACUGACUGUAUGUCUACUGUGCUGCAUUAAGAAAAUAAAAUUAUUUCUGUAUACCAAAA